GCGCAGGCACAAGAGGAAGGUGCAGCUGCUGCUGCUGCCGUUGGAGGCCCGCGUGGCCUGAAGAGCCUGCGGGCCUGCUGGGUCCUGGGCUCCCGGCAAGCUCAGUGAUGCUCGCCCGGUGGAGUCUGGGGGCCUGGCCCUGAGGGCGCCGCCAGCUGAAAUCUGCCUCUUGAGCUAGGCCUGGGUACUGGCAGGACGACCCGGACGGGGUGCUGGAGGAGCGCUGCUGGGCAGGGAGACCAGCCCCUGCGGGGAUCCCCCUCUUAGCCUCGGCUUGGACCUGAGAGGGCAAAACUCGAUCCUUAGGACCUCGACCAAGUAAAAUGAGGGAAGUUUGCUAAUAAAGAUAUCACCAAAGAUUCAAAGCAUAAUCAUCCAGAGGAAAUGCUGGUAGUAUGGCUGUAUGUGUAUGUUCAAAACUCUCUACAGCAGACGGUCUUGUUUUAGGGGCUGUCCAGAUUAUGAUUGGCAUAUUUCAUGUUUUCAUGUGGUACUUCCUACUGAUUUUGUAUAUGGGACAAAUUAGAGGAGUCUUUGGCACAUACGAACCUAUAACUUACAAAGCAGGAUGUCCUUUAUGGGGAGUCAUCUUUAUCAUUGCAGGAGUCUCCAUAAUAAGAGUAGCAAAGCAUCCAACUCCAGGCGUGAUGACAUUUGCUUUGAUCAUGAACAUCUCAUGCAUAAUUACUUCAGUUAUUGCAUCAGUUCUAACAAUAAUUGAGUUGUCUUCUUUUAAUUCGGUGUCAUAUAGGAAUUAUGGACAAGCGAAACUUGGAAGGGAAGUUUCACGUAUUUUACUGCUCUCUUACUCCUUUGAGAUUUCUGUUGCAUUAACAUACGCAAUCUUUGGCUGUAUUGGUUUGAGUCGUCAUAAUGAAGAUAGUCUCACAGCUGUCCCAGAGGAAUUUGAGAGUACUUUUUAAGAACCUUAAAAAUGGGAAGAAACAAACAGGUAACAAAUCAAGACUAUGCAGUGUGAUUAUAAACAGAAGUAUGAAACAAAUGAAGUGGCACAGAAGAGAUAAUGAUCCUUUUGUUGGGAUAUAAGAGGAAAUAAAGCUUUAUGAAG